AUGACUGUGUCCCGCCACCACAGACCCUGGGAGACACCACCCAUCAAGCUCAACGGCACAGCGGUCCCGGAAUGCUCGCGGCUGAAACUCCUUGGAGUGACGUUUGAUGCCCAUCUUCCAUACUCGGAGCAUCUUCGAGGAACUGCAGUGCGUGCCACACAGCGAAUUAGUUUCUUCCGGAAGGCGUGCCAUGUCCUGGACCCACCCGGCCGGGCCACAGCAUACCGGGGGUUCAUUCGGCCUCUAAUGGAGUACUGCCCACUUGUAUGGAUGGGAGCUGCGGCUACCCAUCUCUCACAGCUGGACCAAGUCCAGCAUCGUGCCCUCACCCUGAUUGGGACAGGGGCUGCAAUGGACACUCUGUCCCUGUGGCGCCGUGUGGCCAGCCUCACAACUCUGUACAAGCUCCAUUAUAUCGCAAGCCUACCAGCUCUUGCAGCGACACGCCCAGCCGGAGCCAUCGCACCCGCCAUCGCGCCUGCCACACGUCGUCGCUCGGCAGCCAACCUUGCGCACGAGCUUCAACUCCAGACAGCCCUACCUGCCAGAUCGUGCAAUGUUGCGCUGCGCUCUUUCCCGGAGUGCCUCAUCGAAGCCUGGAAUGAACUGCCAGCCACUCUCCUCCGCGAUGCACCCUGUGAUGCCGAGAUCCUGGGUUGGCUGAGCUUCACAGGUCCCACCCACUCCGUCCUGCUGGAUAUGUACCAUUGUGUCGAGUUCUUCUCCUCAUUUUAG